UUCUUUGCCUCUUUGUUAUCACAAACAAAUUUGAGAUGGGGUUUUUCCUUAUCAUCUUCACCUCCAUACUUAUGUUUCUCUUCCUAACUCUGUCUUUGUUCAUACUGAAAAUCUUCACCGGAAAGUCUAUCCGAGACCCGAACUACCCUCCCGUGAAAGGCACUGUCUUCCACAUGUUCUUAUACUUCAACAGACUCUACGACUACCAAACCGAAGUAGCCAAAACACACUCAACUUUCCGGGUUCUAGUCCCGGACCACAGCGAAGUGUACACGGCUGACACGCGCAACAUUGAGCAUGUUCUGAAAACCAACUUUGCCAGCUACUCGAAAGGCGCCUUCACUCAAAGUAUUCUGUCGGAUAUUUUUGGCCAAGGGAUAUUUCUUGUUGAUGGAGAAAAGUGGAAGCAGCAGAGGAAGCUUGCGAGCUUUGAGUUCUCAACAAGGGUGCUUAGAGAUGUUAGCUGCUCUGUGUUUAGAAGAAAUGCUGCCAAACUGGUUAGAGUUGUUUUUGGAAUUUCGAGUACCGGAGGGGUUUUUGAUAUGCAGGAUUUGCUUAUGAGAUGUACCUUGGAUUCCAUAUUCAAAGUUGGGUUUGGAAUAGAACUGCAUUGCUUGGAGCGGUCAAGCCAAGAAGGGACUGCAUUCAUGAAGGCCUUUGAUGAAUCUACUGCGCUGACUUAUUUUCGCUACAUUGAUCCGUUCUGGAAACUGAAGAGAAUCUUUAACCUUGGUCACGAGGCCUCCCUUAAAAAGUAUGUCAAAGUUAUGGAUGAUUUCGUGAACCAAGUUAUCAGCAGCAAGAGGAGAUUGCAAGAGGAGCAGAAAGAUGUUAUUGACAAGGAGGACAUACUGUCAAGGUUUCUACUGGAGAGUGCGAAGAAUCCAGAGGAAAUGAAUGACAAAUAUCUGAGGGAUAUAAUACUGAAUUUUAUGUUUGCUGGCAAAGACACCAGCGCAAAUACACUGUCAUGGUUCUUCUACAUGCUCAGCAAGAACCCUCUAAUACAAGAAAAAGUUGUACAAGAAGUGAGGGAUGUCGCUGGUAAUCAGGUAGGCGAAGCGAAAGUUGAUGAAUUCGUGGAAAACAUUACUGAAGAAACUCUAGAACGAAUGCAUUAUCUUCACGCCGCGCUGACAGAGACCUUAAGGCUAUACCCUGCGGUUCCAAUCGAUGGGAGAUGUGCAGAUGUAGAUGACAUUCUUCCAGAUGGCUUUAGAGUGAGAAAAGGAGACAACGUAAACUACAUCACCUAUGCCAUGGGAAGAAUGCCUUAUAUCUGGGGAAAAGAUGCCGAUGAUUUUCGACCCGAAAGAUGGCUUAAAAAUGGAAUUUUCCAGCCCGAAUCACCCUUCAAAUUCGUCGCAUUUCACGCAGGUCCGCGGAUAUGUCUAGGGAAGGACUUUGCUUACCGGCAGAUGAAGAUAGUAGCGAUGGCUCUCCUUAGCUUCUUUCGCUUCAAAUUGGCCGAUGAAACAAAGCCGGUAACAUAUAGGACCAUGUUCACCCUUCAUAUAGAUGGCAGUCUCCCUAUGAUUGCAGUUCCCAGAACAACCUGAGUAAAUUCUUCUAUGCAUUGAAAAAUAAUGUUCAAGGUUCAUCAACCAAGUGUGAACUUUAUAUAAUAUAUAUAUGCAUGUAUGUAUACCAAUGUAUACAGAUGUAUAUGAUAAUGACUUUCAGGUUUUUCA